AGCAAGAGUGCGACGUCGUGCGCCGGUCCAUGUCAUCGCUGGCUGUACAAUCCGCACAACGCCGCGCAGUCGACGGAGAGUUAUGUUCCCGGAGAAGCCCAUCCCAGUCUUCUCGAGACAAGAGGCCUAAUCCGUAUAGCGUCCCACUCACGCGCUCUCGCCGUGCUUUUCGACCGAGAAUGACCUCGCGAGUCCAGACAGAAAUUGCCGCUCUGUUCCUCCAGCGGACCACAUAUACAAUCUGCCUGAAUCCAAUACCGCUCGCUUCUCUCCUUUCUCCGGGUACAUGGGACUCGCCUCCACCUCCACCGCGUUUUCUCGCCUCUCGUGUCAACAGCGCGGGGAAAUCGAACGACAUCAUCACUGCCCACACUCGUGGACGAUGUUUCCUCCUCUAUGCUUCACAUAACGAAUGUGCAACGUGCGGAGGCUCGCGCUAGUGUGCCAUGAUGUUCAGGAUGCACACGGAUAUCCAACGUACCUUUCAACAAUCACC